GAUAAACAUAUGUAAUGUGUUCAAUGUUAAUCUUUUGUUUUAAUAUGUUUCGUGUAUUUUCAUUUUUAAAAACUAAAAUUACUUCUGAGUUCUGAUUUUAAAAUAAAAACAAUGAAUCCAGAAAUUUGUGCGUGUGGUAAACUGCGUGGAUUAUUAAAUAAAACAAAUUGGAUGCGGCAUCUUAGUUCAUGCAAAAAACGAAAGUUAUGUUCGAACAAUAGUAUUGUCAAGUUUUUAAAAUUUACACGAAUUGCAAGUGUUGAGUCUGAACUUGAAAUUAAUGAUAAUGCAUAUGACAAGACUGAUCCCAUGUUACAUAUUGAUCAUGAUCCUUCGUUAUCAACUGCACAUAGUUUGAAAAUUACUCCAAAAAAAUCCGGGGCUAAUACGGACUUAAACUUAUUAUUGCCAAUUCACUCAUUUGUUUCAAGUGAAUAGACUUUAGAUAAAGGAGCACCAAGUGUUUGGUCUGAACUUGAAAUUAACGAUAAUUCAUAUGACAAGACUGAUCCCAUAUUUCAUAUUCAUCAUUUAAAGAGAGGUACUUGUUUAAUUAGUUUUUGAUAAAAGUUGAGCUAUUUAUUGUCAAU